CUAUCAAUCAAAAUCGAUGUUUUUAGCAGUCUUUGAUCUGAAACUUUUUUGGGUCCUUGUCUUUUUAAGUUCUAGACCCAUUUCCAAAAUGAGAUUUUUCUCUCAGAAUUUCUUUUUUCAGGUAAAUAUGGCUUCAAUAUUUGCAAAGCUACCUCCUCCUCCUCCUCCACUGUUUGUGAGUAAAAGGCAACCCCUUUUGGGAAAUCUGGGGAAGUUUCUAGUCUCUGCCAUUGGAGAAAGUCAGGGUCGUGUUGCUGUUGUUGCAAAGGCUACAGGUGAAAGCCCCGAAUCAUCAACUUCCCUGAGUAUUGUUAAGUCUGUGCAAAAUAUUUGGGAUAAAUCUGAAGAUCGGUUUGCCCUUAUUGGGUUGGGAUUUGCAGCUGUUGUGGCUCUUUGGGCAUCUGCAAACUUGAUCACAGCCAUCGACAAGCUGCCUCUUAUCCCAAGUGCUCUUGAAUUUGUCGGGAUAUUGUUUUCUUCUGUAAGUAUAAUGACUUAUAUAUGCUCUAGAGUCUAGACAAUUGCUCGAUAGACUCGGGUAAAAACAGAAAACUUUGAAAUCUUACCACGACAUUUUCAUGCCCAAAAAUCAAGCAAGAUUUCAGAUUCCCUCCUGUUCAUAUACUAAUCUUGAAUUCUCUCUGUUUCAGUGGUUUAUAUACCGAUAUCUGUUAUUCAAACCUGAUAGGGAAGAGCUGUUUGGAACCAUUAACAAGUCAAUCUCUGAUAUUCUGGGACAGUAAUGUGCAGCUAAUAAGAAGCCAAUGUAAUUGAGGUUGUAAUGAUAAGUUAUCUAUGAGAUGUAUGCUACGUAUCAUAACAAAGAACGUAUGAUCCCUUGUUCUUAUUAUCUCCAACUCAAGGUUAAGGAAGGUUUACACAUUUCAGUUGUUCUCUUUUCUUUUUCACUUUUAUUUUUUUGGUAGAAUGUGGAUAAAUAUGUUUGAUUAAUAAAGGAAAAGUCGUCCACCU